AUGGACAGCAGCACUACAGACACGACCGAACCACCACGACCACCACCACUACAACAGCAGGAUCGCGAGACAAUAGACUCAAUCUUUAGUGUAUUGAUAGUACCACCUCGUACUAAAACGAAUGAGUCUGUACGUCUUGAGAGUAUCAGUUCUUCCGACUCGGUCAUGUCUUUACGUCAAUUGAUAGCUGAAUUUCCAGCUCUUGCCUGUUAUACGUGCUACCAUUUGGAAGUUCAGAAUCCUGUGGAUGAUACGUGGCAAGUGCUGAAUGAUUUUGUGGAAUUAGGUGAGUACGAGACUGUAAAAGACGGUGUGACAUUACGAAUGGUACCCGACACAUAUGACGCCCGUAAAGUACGAGCUCAUGUCCGUCGCUUUCGUGACGUGCAUAGCAAUCCUCCUAUUCCUCAAGUGGCAAUUGAACGUGCAGCCAUUCAAUCUGAAACUGUGGAACAAGUGGAAGAAGUGACCGAGAGUAACGAGAUGAAGGAGGAGAAACUCAAAGAAAUUUCGGAACAACAGCUCAAACGAUUGCGAGAGAUUCAUCACAAGCUUGAAGGAAUUGAAGUACCUGUUUUGCCUGAUCUUGUUGAGUUUUACUCUUUUCCAGGAGUAAAGGAGACAGAGCAGGAGCAUGUGGAAGUAUCUACGAAGAGCAAAGACCAGAAGAAGAAAAAAGGAAAGAAAAACCAACCGAAACAAAAGUUGCAGCCGAUUGAAAUGAACCAGGUGAAGGACAAGGAAGAGCAGCUUGAUGCUAAGCUCCCUGUGUGUGUUGAAAGCAUUAUCUUCUCGGGCUACAACCCUCCCCCAGGACCACGCAAAUUGGCAGGUGAUCUGCUCUAUCUGGAGGUAGUUGUCGCUGGUGACAAUACACGCUACCAUAUUACGGCACAUGUGAGUGGCUUUUACGUCAACCGCUCGACAGCUACCAAGUUUGACCCACAACCGCACAAAACGAAUGCGGCCCAUGCGCACCUGUUGGUAGAUUUACUAACCACGGUGUCGCCGAAGUUCAAAGAGUCGUACGCUGCACUUCUUGCCAAGGCUGCUUCUCUGGCCAAGGAAGGGCCUUCUUCAAUUGAGUGGAUGGUGGCUGCAGGCUCCAACCUGGGUGGCAAGUUGCCGUGGAACACGCCUGCUUCCGCGAUGGUAGAGCACAAGUACGACCUUAAUCGUGCUGAGGAUGAACUUUGCGCAUCCUACGGCAUGGACGAACGUGGUGUACUGCGGGACUGGAACGAGGAGUACCAGUGCUGCCGUGAGUUGCCGACAGAUACACUCAAGGAAGAGAUUGUGCGCGCUCGUGUCAUGUACAAGAUCGUGGUAGAGUUUGUGGAAGCUGCAACACAGGGCGCGGUGGCUAUCGUUGAGGGAAACAUUCCUCCUAUUAACCCCAUGGACGACCAGAGUGCUCACGUCUACGUAUUCAACAACAUUUUUUUCUCCAUGUCCAUCGAUGGCAAGUCUAUCAAGGAUGCAGCGGGUGGUGAAGAGAAUGCUUACUCGGCUGCUAACCGCGACUUGCAGGGUGUAAAGGCAUUUAACGAGGCGGAUGUUCGCGGUCUGCACACGCUGGCCACAACGGUCGUGGAUUAUCUUGGUGUCCGCGUCAUUGCCCAAAGCCUCAUCCCAGGCAUUCUUAUGGGAGAUGCAGCCUCCAAGCUUGUGUACGGCUCUGUGGAUUAUGGGAAAACUAUUGCAGCGAGUAGCAAGAUGCACACGCUAAUGCUCGAGGCAGGUACGAAACUGCACAUCGCAGAGCGUAGCAUCAAGCCACUUGGUAAAAGUGAAGAAGACCUGGCUGCUGAGAAGGAGCAAGAGGCUAAUGGCGUUCUUCCCAUGAGCGGUGGUGACGCAGGCACUGAUGUAGCAACAAUCUGUGGUGCAGUUGAAGCUAAAGGAAUCCAAGGCUCUGAUGGCCGUCUCUAUGUCCUGGAUCUUGUCCGUAUUACCCCUAAGGACUGGACAUUUUACAAAAACAGCGACGAUGUUGAGAACACCGAGGAGAAGACGACCAAUGCAGCUGAAGUAGACGGGCUGUGCUUCACGCGUAAUGAUGAGGGUUAUGUUGCUCUACUACGCCCGGAACUGGUCCAUCUGUAUUCGCUGUGGAAGCAGAAUCAGGCUCGCCGCGCCAAUCGUGAGGCUCGUAAGGCAGCAAAAGCGGAAGUUGAGAAAGAGAAAGAGGAAGAUGAUGUUAAGACUGACUCGGAUAAGAAGGAGGAUUGUACAUCUGAGAAGACAGAAGUGGAAGAGAAUGAGCAUAAGAAGGAGGUAGACGAAGAAGAGGAGACAGAGGAAGAGAUUCCUCCGGUGGUGCUGAACCCGAACGUCUUCAUGGAGUAUACAGCUUCAACUGAUGCAGAACAGCUCAAAACUGACGAGGCGGCCGCAAAAGAUACCGCAGAGUAUCUGCAAAAGAUCGUUGUACCGGCUUUUGUUGCUGACGUUCGACGCGGUGCAAUUGCCCCUGCUGACGGCUAUGCUCUCACGCAGCUGAUGCACUCCUGCGGUAUCAACAUGCGCUACCUAGGCCGUCUGGCAUCACUUGCCAAGAAGCUCGAGGCAAUAAGCGGAAUAUCCAAAUAUUUGCUCGAGCUGGUUGAAGUGGAAAUGAUCUCGCGCGUAGCUAAGCACAUUCUGGCUGACGUCUUGAACUCUAACGACACCAUCCGUGCUGCCCCUGGAUCGGCGAUUGUGAAGCUCCUAAAUGGCAUCCUCGGGUCGGCUUCAGGAAACACGAAUAUCGUGGAUACAAAUGAUAACGACGACGCUACGAUAACAACCUCUUUAUUGGAUCCCAAGUCACUGUGGACGUGCAUUGACAACAAAAUUAAGGCCCGAUUUGACUACAAGUUGGCUCUUUGGGGUCCUGGGCGCGACAAAUCAAGUGGUGAGGAUGCCGCGUUUCCUGUUGGCCGUGUAAACAAGACGGUCAUGCUGCGGCGUCUGUGCCAGCGUCUGGGCUUGCGUGUAAAAAGCCGUAACUACAAGUUUUCGUCAUCUUCGCCGAUCAAUCUGGACGACAUCACUGGUGUUGUGCCUGUUGUAAAGACCUCACUACCUGCUCACCCGUUGGCACAGGCUAAGAAACUCCUUGAGCGUGGACGCUUGCACUUGAGUCAGGGCGCCCUCUCCAGUGCGUAUGAGUUUCUUCAGGAAGCGUCGUCACUACUUUUCCAAGUGUGUGGUGCAGCUCACGAGGAUGCAGCUCUCUGCAGCUCAUCGCUCGCUACUGUCCUCUACCACGCUGGUGACGUUGCUGGUGCUAUUGCUCAGCAGCAGCGAGCGCUUGCUUUAUACAUACAACUCCAGGGUGCUGACUACCAUGACACUGCAUACGCGCACGCAAACUUAGCACUAUUCCUGCAUGCGAACGCCCAAACGGACCUGGCGGUGCCGCACAUCCGCCGAGCCAUUUACCUGCUGGAGUUUUGCUGUGGUCCUCACUUCCCGGAGAUUAGCUCGCUAUACUUCAAGAUGGGUAUGAUGUGCCAAGACGUCGGGCAGAUUUCGCUCGCUCUGAUGUGUCACCGUGAAUCGCUUCGCCGCGGCGAAUUUGAUCGCAACCAGGCGGCCAACACGCUUCACCAAAUGGCCCUGGCAUGCAGCCUGGCUGGCGGAUACCGUGAGGCUCUCGCCUACGAGAAGAAGGUGUACUCGCUCUUUAAAGAGGCAUUUGGUGAUGAGGAUCCGCGCGUGGUCGAGUCUGCCAAGUUUAUGGCCAAGUUCACGGAGAAGGCUGUGGAGGGUGCUAAGGGCCGUCGGGAAGUGGAUGCCGCAGCGGCGGCCGAUGCCAUUGCCAAUCAACUGCUCGGAGAACUUGAGAUCAAGACGGGGGCCGAUCAAGACGCUGGAUCACCGCCUGCCGUUAAAAAGAAAACGCGAAAGUCCAAAAGCGGCGGCAAGAAACACUAG